UGGGGCAGGCUCGGCCCAGGGUGUGCGUGUGCGUGUGCGGGGCAGCUACGUGUGCAAAUGCACGUGCCUGUGCAGGGCAAGUGCAUGCGCGGGGCAAGUGCGUGUGCAUGUGUGUGAACCGGGCAGGUACGUGUGCAGCUGUGUGUGCAGGGCAGGUGCGUGUGCUGCUGUGCGCGCGCGUGUACAGGCCAGGGGAGAGCCCCGUGGCCCCGGCGGGGCGGGCGGGCCCGGCCUGCAGCCGCCCGCCCGCGUGGUGCAGCGCGGCGCCCGCGCCUGGAACCAGGAGGCUGCUGGGCCGGAAGCCCCGCCCGCGCGCGCGCCCCUGUCCCCGCCCGCCCGGUGGAGCGGCUGCUGGCGCGGCGCGGCGCGGCUCGGCACGGCGGCGCACGGGCGCAGGCGAGCGGGCGGAGCAGCGGACGGCGCCCAGGCCGCCCCACGCGCCGGGCUCGCGGCGGAGCGCGCCGGACUGGUCGGGGCCCGCGGCCGCCCGCGCCUUUCAAUGGGCAGCUCGCACUUGCUCAACAAGGGCCUGCCGCUUGGCGUCCGACCCCCGAUCAUGAAUGGGCCCAUGCACCCCCGGCCCCUGGUGGCGCUGCUCGACGGCCGGGACUGCACGGUGGAGAUGCCCAUCCUGAAGGACGUGGCCACUGUGGCCUUCUGUGAUGCGCAGUCCACGCAGGAGAUCCACGAGAAGGUGCUGAACGAGGCGGUGGGCGCGCUCAUGUACCACACCAUCACGCUGACGCGGGAGGACCUGGAGAAGUUCAAGGCACUCCGGAUAAUUGUGCGGAUCGGCAGCGGCUUCGACAACAUCGACAUCAAGUCGGCCGGGGAUUUAGGCAUCGCUGUCUGCAACGUGCCGGCAGCGUCCGUGGAGGAGACUGCCGACUCCACCAUGUGCCACAUUCUGAACCUGUACCGCAGGACCACCUGGUUGCACCAGGCACUGCGGGAGGGCACCCGGGUCCAGAGCGUCGAGCAGAUCCGGGAAGUGGCCUCCGGAGCCGCCAGGAUCCGCGGGGAGACCUUGGGCAUCAUCGGACUGGGUCGCGUGGGGCAGGCAGUGGCGCUACGGGCCAAGGCGUUCGGCUUCAACGUGCUAUUCUACGACCCCUACCUGUCGGACGGCACGGAGCGGGCGCUGGGGCUGCAGCGGGUCAGCACCCUGCAAGACCUGCUGUUCCACAGUGACUGUGUGACCCUGCACUGUGGCCUCAACGAGCACAACCAUCACCUCAUCAACGACUUCACCGUCAAGCAGAUGAGACAAGGGGCCUUCCUGGUGAACACGGCCCGGGGCGGCCUGGUGGAUGAGAAGGCCCUGGCCCAGGCGCUGAAGGAGGGGCGGAUACGCGGUGCGGCCCUGGACGUGCACGAGUCAGAGCCCUUCAGCUUCAGCCAGGGCCCCCUGAAGGAUGCGCCCAACCUGAUCUGCACCCCCCAUGCGGCCUGGUACAGCGAGCAGGCGUCCAUCGAGAUGCGUGAGGAGGCGGCCCGUGAGAUCCGGAGAGCCAUCACAGGCCGGAUCCCAGACAGCCUGAAGAACUGCGUCAACAAGGACCACUUGACGGCUGCCACCCACUGGGCCAGCAUGGACCCGGCCGUCGUGCACCCUGAGCUCAAUGGGGCCGCCUACAGCAGGUACCCCCCAGGCGUGGUGGGCGUGGCCCCCAGCGGCAUCCCGGCUGCCGUGGAAGGCAUUGUUCCCAGCGCCAUGUCCCUGUCCCAUGGCCUGCCCCCCGUGUCCCACCCACCCCACGCCCCUUCUCCCGGCCAAACCGUCAAGCCCGAGGCGGAUCGAGACCACGCGAGUGACCAGUUGUAGCCCGGGCAAGUUCUGCAGCCUUGGUCGGUGGGGCCGUGCCCUCGGACAGGCAGGUGCAGAGGUGGCCUGCAGGUGGCCACGCGUUCCAGAGACUGUCCAGGCUCUGGGUGGCCGAGAGGUGGCGCCCAGCCUCCCCACGUUGACUGUAGUUGUCCCGUCCCGAAGGCCGGCCGCUGCCCUGUGUCCUUUGCGUCCUCGUUAAGCAAGACAAGUUAGUAGUUAACCCUCUCAUGAAUGUCCGUGUCCGUGACCAGUCUCUAGAACAUCACAAAGGAUUUGUUUGCUUAGCUGUCAGCCGGAGAGCCGAGGGAGCCCUCAGCAAGUCCGUGUCAGGUUAUUUUUCCUUUUGUAUGUUGGAACGGGCCUGGAAUGAGGCAGUUGGCAAACUUCUCAGGACAAUGAAUCCUUCCUGUUUUUCUUUCUACGCCACACAGUGCAUUGUUUUUUCUACCUGCUUGUCUUAUUUUUAGAAUAAUUUAGAAAACAAAACAAAGGCUGUUUUUCCUAAUUUUGGCAUGAACCCCUGUGUUCCAAACGAAGACGGCGCCAUGACGCGGCUCGAGACGAGGAGAGCGUGUGGCCCGUGGCACCCCGGCUGUUGGCCUCUGUCAGGGGUGCGAGGGCGCAGCAUCUGGCCGGCGCCGUCCGUCCUGCUGACGUGGUAGCUCGCGGUAUCUUGGUUCAAAUCAUGUUUGUGACUGUCACCAUUUGUAUGAAUUAUUUUAAAGAAAUAAAAGCCCCAGAAAGAGCCAGUG